CCUCCCCUCGCCCUGCCCUCCCCCCGCCCGAACAAGGGGUCGCUGCGGGGUGGGCUGCUCCCCUGCGCUCCCGGGGCUGGAGUCUCGGAACGGGCGACAAAUUGCAAGUGCGUCAGUUGAGCGAAGCGUCGGCUGGAGACGGCAGCGUUAACACACAGGCUGGUGGGGAGAGCGCGUCCCUCCCUCCCUCCUUCCCUCCCUCCCUCAGCCCGAACAAAAGUUGUCGAUGAGAGAGGGGAGCCGAGGCUGAAGGGGGAGCGAGGGAGAGGAGCCCAGGGCUGUUCCCCCUUCUCCGAGGGCGAGGACACCCCACAGACAGGAGAACGGUGUCGGCGGCGGGCAGGAACAGGUGGGACGACCGCUUCCACUAUGGCUUUCACCUUCGCUGCUUUCUGCUACAUGCUGACUUUGGUGCUGUGCGCUUCCCUCAUCUUCUUCGUGAUCUGGCAUAUCAUUGCCUUCGAUGAACUGGGCACCGACUUCAAGAACCCCAUCGACCAGUGUAAUCCCAUCCGAGCGAGAGAGAGAUUGAGGAACAUCGAGAGGAUCUGCAGCCUCCUGCGCAAGCUGGUUCUACCGGAAUAUUCCAUCCAUGGCCUGUUCUGCGUCAUGUUCACCUGUGCGGGAGAGUGGGUGACCCUGGGACUCAACAUUCCUCUGCUCUUCUACCAUCUCUGGAGAUACUUUCACCGCCCUGCUGACGGGUCGGAGCUGUUGUAUGACCCCGCCUCAGUAAUGAGCGCGGAAAUCCUAAACUAUUACCAGAAGGAAUCGUGGUGCAAACUCUCCUUCUAUCUCAUCUCCUUCUUUUAUUACCUGUACAGUAUGGUCUACACACUGGUCAGCUUUUAACCCCAGGCCUGACGUCAACUGACGGGGCGUCAGUGGGGCCUGGGAUUACACAGGACGCGGAACACGCGGCAAGCGGGGUCAUUUGCAGGUUCAAGAGGGGCAGCCUCUUCCCUGCCGAGUUGUGGGCAAACUUGCCGUUGGGCCAAAUCUCGGAGACCACGUCUAACACGUCCGUUCCUUGAAGCUGACCUGGGGUUCCGACCACAACGGCAGCGACGUCACCAAGAACAUGCCAGCGUUGGAGAGGGCACCAGAGUGCUGCAAUUCCUGGCCCCAUUUAUGGACCUCUUAACUAUUGCUAUAACUAGUUAACAGUGGAUGUUUAGCAGGUUAACUGUAGAGAUUGCCAAUUGUUUUUUUAUUUUAAAAUGUGGAUUGUACCUGA